AUGCAUAUCCGCGAGAUCCUGGCUGAGGCCGAGAGGACGGGCGAGCCGUCCUUCUCGUUCGAAUACUUCCCUCCCAAGACGGCUCAGGGUGUACAGAACCUCUACGAGCGUAUGGAGCGCAUGUACAACUUCGGCCCCAAGUUUAUCGACAUCACAUGGGGUGCUGGCGGCCGCAUCGCCGAGCUGACGUGCGAGAUGGUGGUCCAGGCCCAGACAUACCUUGGGCUUGAGGCAUGCAUGCACCUCACCUGCACCGACAUGGGCGAGGAGAAGGUCAACGAUGCCCUGCGGAGGGCAUAUAAAGCCGGUUGCACGAAUAUCUUGGCCCUCCGAGGUGACCCCCCGCGCGAGAAGGAGAAAUGGGAGGCUACUGAGGGCGGCUUCCGGUUCGCGCGCGACCUGGUGGCCCAUAUCCGCAAGACAUACGGCAACCACUUCGACAUUGGCGUUGCUGGCUACCCCGAGGGCUGCGACGACAAUACAGACGAGGAUUUGCUGUUGGAUCACUUGAAGGAGAAGGUUGACAUGGGCGCGUCCUUCAUCGUCACCCAGAUGUUCUACGACGCCGAUAACUUCAUUCGAUGGGUCGAGAAAGUCAGGGCUCGCGGCAUUACCGUACCCAUUGUGCCGGGGAUUAUGCCCAUCGCCACCUACGCUAGUUUCCUGCGCCGUGCGAACCACAUGAAGUGCAAGAUUCCCGAAGACUGGCUCGCCAAGCUUGAGUCGGUCAAGAACGACGACGUAGCCGUCCGGGAGAUUGGAAAGACGCUUGUCGCUGACAUGUGUCGCAAGAUCCUAGCCGCCGGAAUCCGUCAUCUGCACUUCUACACAAUGAAUUUAGCACAGGCUACCAGAAUGGUCCUAGAGGAGCUGGACUGGAUGCCGUCACCGCACCGGCCAUUGAAGCAAGCACUCCCUUGGAAGCAAUCACUGGGCUUCGGCCGUCGUGGCGAGGAUGUCCGACCUAUUUUCUGGCGCAACAGGAACAAGUCGUACAUCGCGCGCACCCAGGACUGGGAUGAAUUCCCCAACGGCCGUUGGGGCGAUUCGAGGUCUCCUGCUUUCGGCGAACUGGAUGCUUAUGGUAUUGGCCUGACCGGCACCAACGAACAGAACCGCAAGAAGUGGGGCGAGCCGGCAUGUAUCAAGGAUAUUGCCAACCUCUUUAUUCGGUACCUGAACAAGGAGAUUGAUUACCUCCCUUGGAGCGAGGCCCCCGUGGCUGAGGAGGCGGACCUUAUCAAAAGUGAAUUGAUCGAUCUCAACAGCCGUGGCUUGAUCACAGUGAACUCACAACCUGCUGUCAACGGCGCCAAGUCGACGGACCCUGUCCAUGGUUGGGGCCCUGCAAAGGGCUACGUCUAUCAGAAGGCAUACCUCGAGUUCUUUGUUUCGCCCGAGCUGUUCCCUGAGGUCAAGCGGCGCAUUGAGCACCACCCUGAUAUGACUUACCACGCCGUGACCAAAUCCGGCAAUUUCGAGACAAACGCGCAGUCGGAGGCGCCCAAUGCCGUGACAUGGGGUGUCUUCCCUGGCAAGGAAAUCGUCCAGCCCACAAUCGUCGAAAGAAUCAGCUUCCUCGCUUGGAAAGAUGAGGCAUUCCAGUUAGGCUCGGAGUGGGCCCGCUGUUACGAGGCAGGCAGCCCAAGCCGUCUGAUCCUGGAGCAGAUCAUGAACACCUGGUACUUGGUCAAUAUCGUGAACAACGAUUUCCACCAGGGACACACCAUCUUCGAUCUCCUGAAGGGCCUAGAGGUCCAGGACCUGGACAAAGUUCCGGAAAUUCAAGGCAAUGGGACUAAAGAUGCUCCGAAUGGGGCUCCCGCUGACGGUGUUUAUACCAACGGCAUCGAGGCUUCAACAUAA